AACACUCACUCCGGAGGUGUGAACGAGGCUUUGGCAGUGGGGACGCUCCGUCUGUUGGGAUAUAUUAUAGAUCAAUGUCUACAGUAGGCACGUGACCUAUUGGCUUUCCCGCCACGUGAUUAAAGAGCAGACGGCUGUGAAACCAGCAUGACGUGAUCGGAUGAAGGGAGUCCAUGUGUCAUUAUCUUACACCAAAUUUACACUUGAAGUCCCCGGACACACACUUGAUUAUCGUCCGCUCAGGCCUUUCUACUGAUCAAGUAUAUAAAUGACGUUAACGUCGCCGCAGUCUUGAGAUGAAGAUUUGGUCAGGACCUCGUCAACAACGACCCUAGGGGGAACAAGGUGCUGCAGCGAUGUCGCGCACUCAACGCACUACCAGAGACGCAGCGGAUGCUCCUGGCGUCCCUCUUAAGCUACCACUGUUACAGGACAUCACAGGCUCGAACCAAGUGAUGCCACCAUCUGCAGCAGACAAUGCGAAUGAUCAAACUACAGCCCGUGUCAACAUAGCGCGUCUCUCCCAGAACGAGGCUCUGUCGCUCCUGCACCAGUACAAUAGUAUAGUACUUGAUGAUGCCGCGGGGCCGCAGACUCUGCCACACAUCAAAAUUGCUAUGAGAACGGGAGGGCCGAGGGCAGUCCCCGUGAGAGAGAGGAUAACAACAAAGAGUCUUGAAAGAGUUGACAGACCCGGAGCGAUGUAUUUCACCGAAGGUCUUAGCUCCAUCAGUGAAUUCAAGGAGCCUCCUCUGGCCAUGCGCAGACGAGACAUUUUAGGUGCCAAUAUGCCAGAUACGGUACGAAUAGCUCGGGAAAGGAGCCAUGUUACAAUAGGUGUGAACUGUUACCGGGCACGCAGGCAGAGACUUGGAGCCAGGGCUCCGCGGACCAUGGGGGUCAAAAGCAUGGUCCUUGAGCCGGGGUCAGUGACGGCUAGUCAGAUCACGGCACCUCUUGCACUUCCCCAGAAAGUCGACAUGGCUGACGCAUGGGAGGAGAGGUCCGUGAGAAGUGAGAGCCGGAUUGCCCGGAUGUUAAAAAAGAUUGAGGAGAGGUACGGUAAGGACGUGGUUGAGCACGCCCUUCCUUCUACCCCAAGUGUCCAGUCCGUGGACUUUUACACGUCGUCAACAGCUGUUACGACGCCGGUGAGAACGCCGAGACGAACGCCCGUGAAGGAAAAAAAACCCACCAAAACACGCCUCAGUGUUGUGUCCCUUGGACAGUCUCUCUCGGACCUUCCCCGUAAACCCCGACCCUCUGUCAACAUCCCCAAACAAAGCAAGGACAUCAACUAUAAUCAAAUAGAGCGAUACAAACAGCAUGUGACGGAGAAGAAGCCGAGUCGGUUUGAAAUGAGGUACAAUGUGAUUAAAGAACACAAGCCAGGCCUUCACUUCCCGUACGGGGCAGAAAAGAAGUCAUUUUUCGGGCCGGUUAAACCGAAGGCAAAUACCAGAAAGAAACGCCAGAUUGUUGUGUCGCUUUCAGAUAUGACUGGGACCCCGGACCAAGACGAGGGCGGGUCUGAUGAAGACGCAAACAAACCUGAACCAAAGAAAUCACAAAAUGGAACAUUCCAUGUGGAGGGGGUGAAGGGUGUUGGGACAGGGCAAAGAUUGUGGUCUCCAUCUAGUGUCAGUACAUCAGCAUCAGUAGCUAACCCUCCUCCCAGUGUUGAGGUUGGACUGUAUGACCUCGAGUUCCCACACAUCAAAGACCCAGCAGCCAUGUUUACACUGGACGAGGAAGAGGUCGGCGAGAGUUCUAGACUACAGGCCCCCGCGGGAGAACAUCUCUCUGACGGAAAUGCGUCUACGGUGUCUAGCUCCCUUCUCAGCGUCCCGCCUUUGGGUGCGGGGAACGAGCCUCGCCCACAAGAGGAACUGAUCUGGGGGGAACGUCCUCCAAGAAAAGAUAACCCCGUGGUUGAUGAUGGUCCAUCCACAUCUAGGAAAGUUCAGCCGUCUCCGGAGGUCAAGGUCACAAACAUUGAACUCUAUCCGGGGUCAGAGGAUCGACCUCGACCUACCAUCAGUGUCAGUGUCAGUGACAGUGACGAGGUGGAGGCAGACAUUCAGAGACAGAAAGAGUCGAAUAUUGAGCCGAGACUUCACAGUAAAGCGGUGGAUCCAGGGACUCACGGUAAAGUGGGGACAAAGGAACACAAGUUAAGUGAUGAGGAUGAUGAGGAUACGAGAAGCGAAUCCAGGGCUAAGGAGAAGACAUCAGCUGUGUCUGUCCACAAUCAAAGCAUCACAUUUAUUUCUCCACUCGAGACACAGGCAAAUGCCAAGAGGCAAUAAAACUGAUGUCGAGACGUACUCAAGCAGGGUCCCAUUUCACGAUGUUACGAUCUUAUAUUGUAACCGUUAUUACGGUGAUAAUGUUGCUUUAUGGGACGGACUCGUUUCCAGAGCAUUUCACUACUAGAGCAGUUCACAGGGCGUGUGCCCAGCAUAAACAAUCUGCUAGUAGAGCAUUGCAUUGCAUGAGCAAUGAGUGACUGAAUUAACAUUGUUUAUACCACAUCAACUAUUAGCUGUGAUAGGACAGUGUAUAAAAGACACAAGGGUUAUGUAUUUAACAAUUACAUGUAAAACCAAUAAUACUGUAUUAUUUAAAA